AUGCCGGAACCGGCCGCGCACAGCGACUCGCGCCCCUCCCCGCGAGUCACCUCCUUCUCGCGCAAGGCCUUGCACGCCGUCACGCAGGCAUAUGGCGGAGGCGGAGGCGGAGGCGGAGGUGCUCUCGGCUCCGUCGGUCUUCACGCGCCCCCCGGCUCCCGCCUUCCCUCCGCUUUGCACGUCGCGAAAGGCGCCGCCGCCGGCGGCGGCGGAUUCACCGCUUACGGCCCGCUAUCUCCGCCAUCUCCGCAUCAACCUGAGAGCGCCAAUCAAGGUGUGCCACCCGAAUCGCCCGCUUCGACUUUCCUGCACACGCGCGACCCGUCGACGUCAGGAUUCUCCUCCUCCUCGUGCUCCUCCGCCGUUUCCUCCGCCUCCGGCGGCUCCGCCCUGUCUUCCUACCACGCUCCCGCCUUCUGCGCCGAUCUCUCUGCCGAUGCCGCCACGUCCGCAGGCGCGAGCGCGGGGGGGGAUCCCUCCGCAAGCCCUUCCCCCUGCGCCACCCCGAGCAGCGCCGCCAGCCCCGCCACCAGCGACGGCCCCCGCCAGCGCGGACUCCUCUCCGCAGCUGCUGCCAACGGGCGGCGCACGAUCAUCAACAACGGCGGCGCGGAAAGCGGCGGGAGCGGGGGGAGCCUUCCGGGGAGCCCCCGCGCGCGCAUGUUCGCGCGCACUGGCAGUGGCGGGGGAGUGGGAAUCAGGCCCCGCGGUACGGCUGCGGGAGGCACUAAGGGCGGAUACGGACAAGCGGAACGGGAAGGGAGCCCUGGGAAAUACGGCGGAACGGGCGGUAGCGGAGGCGGAAGAGCGGGAACGGGCGGGACAAGCGCGCUGAGCCGUUUCGGCCACGGCAGCCAUAGAAGUGGCAGUGGCUGCAGCGCUGGCGGCGCUGGCGCCGCUGAAGGCGCUGCGAGCGAUAACGAUUUUCUGUUUAGUCCGCUGGGCGGCUCCUCUCCCUCCUCCUCCGCCGCAUCUGACGCUAUCGGGAACUUUAUAGCGAAGCAUAAUCCGACGGCCGGCCACGAUCGCAUGUCGUCGAUCGACUCCAGAUACUCUUCGGCAACGUCAGACGCGCCGUGCUUCACGGAGGAAGACGGGCUCGAUAGUCCUCGCGGUGCACACGAACCUGGCGGCGGCGGCGGCGGCGGAGGCGGUGCCGUGUGGAGCUCGUCGCGCGGACGGGAGAGCCGAAGCAACUCCGCGCUGGCUCUUGCCGCAGCCUCCGCCGUCGCUGCCGCGUCCGCCACUGUCGCUUCUGCUGCUGCUGCUCCUGAUGGCAAUCCCCGUCAUCGCCGCACUUCCCGCAAGCCGAGUCGCGACCUGCCCUCCCCGCCGCUGAGCGAAAUCCCGUCGAUCGCGGAGGGGGCGGACGAUCCGUACGGAAGUUCGGACGACGCGGAGGGGGAAGAUCUGGACGACCGAGAUGAUCGCGCGAGCGAGUUCGGAUCGCACUAUGCCGAGUCGCACUAUGGUUCGGAACUUGGCUCGGAGAUAUCCUUAUCCGAUAUAUUCGGCACCGAGUGUUCCAAGUCCAGCAGCGGGUCUCGCGGCGGGAAACCCUUGCGCCGCGAGUCGCCUAAGGAAGGGAACGAGCCGCGGAAGGAGGAAGAUGGCAAAGACGGGAAAGGUGGGAAACGAGAAGGGGAAACUAAAGACGGAGGGGGGAAAGGAGGAGGGGGAAAAGGCAAAACGGGCGGGGGGAAGGGCGGAUGGAUUUUAGGAGGGGGGAAAACGCGCGGAGGGCACGGGGGGGGAGAAAAGGGGAAGGGGUUCGUGGGGCUACUGGGGGGAAGGGGGAGCUCUUCUCAUAAGAGAGGAGCAGCGCAAGGGAAGGGCGCUGGUGUUUUGGAGCAACAACCAUCCGAGCAGCAGCAGCAGCAGCAGGGGUUUCAGCUGCCAGUGGGGGACGGGGAGGAGGAUUACUCUGCUAUUUUCACCAAGGCGAGAGAGGACAAGCGCAAUGGGCGCAACGCCCCCAUCCUCCCCCGCUUUGCUGGCAAUCUCGACGUGGUGGAGGGCGCUGGCGCAGGGGCGAGGGGGUUUGGGGUGGGGAAGCGCGAGGAGGACCCGUGGGGGGCGGAGCAGCAGGAGAGGAGGCGGGCGGCGGAGGGGAGGGGGCAGGGGUGGAUUUAUGGGCGGCUGGUGGUGGAGACAGAGGGGGUGAAGGGAUGUGAGGAGGGGGGAGAUGGGGAGGAUGAAGGGGAGGAAGGGGAGGAGGAUGGGGAUGGGGAUGGGAUGAGUGGUGGGAGCAAGGACGAGGAGAUGCUGUCGCCUUUGACUCCGUCCCCGCUCCCCCGGCGGCGCCAGCGGGUGCUAUCAGGCACGCGCAGCACCCCUGCCACACCUCCCUCUGUCUUCAGCCCUGCCAGGGCCAGCAGGAGAGCAGGAGGCGUGCCCGCACCCUGGGAGUCGGGGUCGGGCAAAGGCACGGGAGAACGGCGGGGCAGCGUGGGCUUGGGUGUUAAUGGCAAUGGUAGUGCCAGCCGCAGCAGAAGCAGCUGCAGCAGCGAUACGGAGGGGUUUGGCAGUGGUGGUGCUGCAGCUAGUGCUCUUGCUGCUGCUUCUGCUGCUGGUAAUGGUGGUGUCAGUCGGCUUGGCUCUGCUGCUGCUGGUGCUGCUGGUGCUGCUGUUGCUGCCCCUGGUGCUGGUGCUGCCUUUCCCAACCGGGUCGACAGGCGGCGCAGCAUUGUGAGGAGCGUGAGCAGGAACAGCCCUCGCACCUCUGCCUAUUCCUCCUCUAGCGCUGCUUCUGCUGCUGGCAGAACUGCCAUGAGCAGGAGCCGCAGCAGCACGAGCAACAUCGGGAGGAAAGGCACAACAGGCGGUGGCGUGACUCCGUUCUCACCCUUCUCCCCGCUGCCCCCUGCCCGCGCUGCCAUGGACCCGGAUGGAUCUCCCGCUAAUCCUGCCUGUGGUGGUGGCGAUGAUGGUGGUGAUGGUGUUGGCUUUGCUGCUUCUGCUGCGGCUGCUGCUGCUGCUGCAGCUGGUGCGGUGGAUUACUCGUUCAAGUUCAACCAAGCGCGGGAGCAGAAGCGCAACGGCAGGCCUGCGGGAAUCAUUCUCCCUGCAUUCGGCGAAGCGAUGGCUGCGGGAAUGGCUGGGGGGGGUGGCGCUGGUAGUGACACGGAUAGACAUGGCGGAGUGGGUAUGGAUGGUGAUGGAAGCGAGCUCGAGAUGAUGGCGUGUGAGAAAGGUGCAGAGGCCGCAGAGGGAGGCGCGGCAGCAGAGGUGGGUGCAUGCAAAGAAGCUGUGGAGGAUUCUGUCUAA